GCCCGAGAUUGUUGUUUUACCAUGCAGGUGUUAACUCGGAGCUAACUGUCUGUUACAGACCCUAUCUGAGUUCGUAUUUUAAAACACUAGUAUUAAAAUGGAGGUAGACGAAAAACACGAGUCGAGUAAACAUCCUAAACCGCCUACAAUCGAGGACUUUGUCGUUUUGAAGCCCAUCAGCCGCGGUGCUUUUGGCAAGGUUUACCUUGCACGGAAGAAGUGCAAUGGGCGAGUAUAUGCCAUUAAGAUGAUGAAGAAAGCAGACAUGGUUGAUAAAAACAUGACGGGCCAGAUGAAGGCAGAGAGAGAUGCACUUGCUUUGAGUAAAAGCCCCUUCGUGGUUCAUCUGUUUUACUCCCUUCAGACAGCCACCAAGAUCUACCUGGUAAUGGAAUACCUCAUUGGUGGAGAUGUCAAAUCUCUGCUACACAUCUAUGGCUACUUCGAUCAGGAUAUGUCUGUUAAAUUCAUUUCAGAGGUUGCAUUGGCUUUGGACUACCUCCACCGUCAUGGUAUUAUCCACAGAGACUUGAAGCCGGACAACAUGCUUAUAUCCAAUGAAGGUCAUAUCAAACUGACAGACUUUGGCCUUUCUAAAGUCAAGCUUGACAGAGAACUGAGUCUCAUGGAUAUCCUUACUACUCCAUCCUUGGCUAAACCAAAUAAAGAUUAUUUCCGCACCCCGGGACAAGUCCUCUCCUUAAUCAGCUCCCUUGGAUUUAGUUCUCCAGCAGGGGAAGGACGGCGUCACUGCAGUGCAUCUGCUGCGUCCAGUCCCAUGUCCUGUAGCAAAAUUAAACAGAAGCAUAACUCUUGUGGUUCUCCUCUGAUGAAGAAAAAAGAUAAGCUGUACUCUCCGGCUAACUACCCUCGGCAAAUGGUAAACAACAACAUGAUGUUUAGCCCUCAUAACCUGGCUAAAAAUCUGACCCCCACACUGCUGAACACCAGGAAGAGGUUUGCGACGAUGAGUGCAGGCAGCACUACCGACACUGAAGGGGGCAUCAGUCCACUGUGGGAGUCUGAGGAGAAAGAAAAUGAACAUACUAAUAAACAGAAGGGGAAGCUGCACUCUGAGUCCAAAGGGCCUGAAGUGGACUGUGCACCCACAAAACUGGCCACAUUUGGCUUCUCCGCAGAUCCAGACGAUUGUGCACAAAAGAUGCCUUGCACCAAGCAACCGGAGUUUGCUUCCACAGCUCAGGAUGAUAUUUGUCUGACAGCCUCGUCUGUAAAGAGAACAUUUUCUGAGGUUGAGAAAAGCCCCGAGCCACUGGAGAUCCACGCCAAGAAGAGUAACGCAGCCUAUCAGAGAUUCUACGAGAUUCCAGAAGAGACCGCAAGGUUUCACACUGGCCUGACUGGAACAUUUUCCACCAUCCAAAUAGGUGACUUCUUGGCCUCCACUGAGGGGAUUGGGUUAGCUGAAGACCGGAUCCCAAAUCGCUCCAGCCCUAUUGCCAAAAGUCUGUUUAAUGAACUGGAGGAGCCAACUGAGGAUGUGUUUGAAGACAGCGCCAAAGAUCUGUCUAAUUCAAGUUUCACAUCCCCCUUUAAUGGGAACAGUGACAUUUGCCGGAGCCUGAGCCUCGACUCUGAUGGGUCUAUGCAUGAAACCUCUCUCACUAUGGAAAGCUGUGCGUCUCUCAGGCCAAGGAAGUGUUCCAAAAACAGGAAUUUAGCAUCAUCUGAAGAGGAAAAUAAAGACUUGUCCAUCACUGAGACACUCCCACGAACUCCAUCUGUUGUGGCCUACGAAACACCCAAAAUUGGUAACUUUGGCAGGAGAGGAUCUCAGUGCUCCUUUCUGAACCGGCUCCCCGAUGUGGCCGGUGGAGCUGCACAGUCCCCGUCAUUCCUCAAGCCGCGAAACGUUGUGGCUUUCCGUAGCUACUGUAGCUCCAUUAACCGCUCCAACAUGUCGGGGGUGUCCCGGUGUAGCCUUGGUUCCAUCGACACUAUGGACGUGUCCCUAGCGGCUUCUUAUCACUCUGCGUCUGCCACUGCAACACCAGUACAGAAGAGACUCAGCUCCAACAGCUCGCUCUGUCAGACCCCGCAGCCCAUGUUGACCUCUUACACCCCUUUCAGGACCCCAAAGAGUGUCAGACGGGGUGCACUGCCUGUUGAGGGUGCACCCAUUUUAGGAACUCCUGACUAUUUGGCUCCGGAGCUUCUCCUGGGGAAACCACAUGACUGCAUGGUGGAUUGGUGGGCGCUGGGUGUGUGUCUUUUCGAGUUCCUCACAGGUGUGCCCCCUUUCAACGACGAGACACCCCAGCUGGUCUUCCAGAAUAUUCUCAACAGAGAUAUUCCCUGGCCUGAGGAAGAGGAGGAACUGAGUGCAAACUCAAGGAAUGCCAUCGAAAUCCUCCUGACCAUGGACAUGACCAAACGAGCUGGUCUAAAGGAGCUCAAGUGUCACCCCCUGUUUGAGGGCUUGGACUGGGACAACCUGCAGAACCAGCCGAUGCCUUUCAUCCCUCAGCCAGAGGAUGAAACCGACACCUCCUACUUUGAUGCGAGAAACAACGCUCAGCACAUUGCAGUGUCCGGCUUCAGUCUGUAGGGUCACACAAAGUAACAGCUAAGGUUUUUGUUUUUUUUAAAGCAGCAGGCAACAUAUUUUGGCUGCUGGUGAACUAAGUGUUAAUGAAUCCAAAAUUCAGAUCCAUUAUAUAAAUAAAUACAGUUAUGAUGGGGGUGGAUUCUGAUUGUUUUCCUGUUGUAUUAUUAUUUUUAAAUGCAUUUUACCUCUGUGCAAUCAUCCAUCAUAAGAACUGUGAUGUAUCUAUUGCAAAAAUUAAACUUCUUUUAAAUCUUAGUGUUAUAAUAUUACAUCGGUAUAUCUCUUAAAAUAAAGUUCUUGUACUACACUGUAGCCAAAUAGCAUUUGCUCCCCUUUACCUUUAUAAAAGGCCCUCAUUUGUGUCGUUAUAUUGGUUUGACUCUAGAGUAACUGUUAGUUUGUGUAGAUGUGGCACGCAUUGCCUGAAACACUCCAUUUUUGCUGCACUGCUCAUUGUAAUGUUCCCCUGCUGUUAGCAGACUGGGUGGGCGGGCCCGCUGAUUUUUCUCUUUGAAGGGUACAACACUGCUGAAGAAAAUCUUGCUAAUAUAUUCAUCAAUAAUGUAUUUUAUAUGUAAAUCUUGUCAAUAAGGUUCAUUGUCGUUGUUUUAGGGUACUUUGUAUUCAAACAGAACUGUUUUUUCCUGCUUUUAUGUCACUUUUGUGUGUCAUUUACUGUUUUCCACACUACUAAAUUGUUUUGUUUUGUUUGUUGUUUUAGAGAAGUUUACGAGUCAUCCGGCUACUUGUGAAAUUUUAUCUUGUUCACUCUCAAGAAAAAAGUGAAAUA